AUGAUGGAGAGUAGAAAAUUCAAACCCUUCGAUACAGUCAUAAACUUUAACGAAGACUUCAUUUCAGAUUCCGAAGUACACAUUAAGACAAGUUCUUCAAAAUAUGGUUUUUGUAGCUAUCCAGGUACCAAAGAAGAAAAAGAAUCGCAGUCGCUAAAUAGUACUGCUGCUCUCGGAUCAUUCGUUCAGGGUCGGGACAGAAGCCGAAAACUUUUAAAUUCAAAUGUUAAUACAAAUCUUCAGAGUCCUGAAAACAAAAACUUAUUUCAAAACUCAUGUUUCCCCAGUGAACCGUUAAAAUUCAUAGGUUAUCGACCUAUAUUCGGUUCUGCGAAUUAUAUUGACUUAUGUUCUUUCGAUGAUCAUAAUCUUCUCAAACCUUUUGAAUUAUCAUUUCUAGGUGUUCCUCUCUUCAGUUCUUCGAACCAUUCCUAUUAUUCAGAUGAACGUAUUUACAACACUACCAAACAACAAACUAUGCUUGUAUCAAGCUCUUUUACCAACAAGUCCAAGAAGGGACGUGUAAGAUCACUUUCUGAAUUAUCGCUUCAACACGUCUGUCAUAAGGGAAAAAGAAGUGAAACUGAAGCAGGCGUUCAUUUAUCUUGUAAUCAUUAUGAAAAGGAACUGAAUUACCUUCGGCAGGAACUUAUGGCGCGCAAUGAAGAGGCAGAAAAGAUUGCGCAUGGACUUAUGCGUGCAAAGAAUGAAGAAAAACAAUUUGGUGGUCAUUUACGCGAACUAACAAAAGAGGGUUCUGCUAAGACAGAUACUAUUAAUAAGUUAAAAGAAAAAGUUUCUGAGCUAUAUGUUGAAGUGGAAUCCCUUCGACAUUCUCAUCAACAAGCCAUCUGUCACCAAGAAGAUUUACAGAAGGAGAUCGACAUUUUGAAGUGUUCACGUGAUUGGUACGCUAAUCAGCUUCGUUCGGUUCAGUGUGUCAGUGAUCGUGUUCAAAAUGAACCUGAAAGAAUUGUCAACUUACUAAAGGAUAGCAGUGAAAUGAAUCAUCGUCUGGCACAUGAAAAUGCUUGUUUGCGAGCUCAGUUAGUAUGUAGCAAGGCCGCCUUAGCUGAUGCUAAACGAAAUCUCUCUCGCCAGUUAGAGUCUAUCCGUGUUGACAUGGUAGAACGUGAAGCCCUUUUUGAGCGUAUUACUGCUGAACGAGCUUUGUUUGAGAAUAUCAGUCGUCAGCGCGCUGAUGAGAUAAGGGAGUUACAGACUCAGGUGUCGAAUUUUCAAAUGGAACUUAAGGCUACUGAAGAGCAUAUCUUGCUUCAGAAGAACAAGCUGUUGGAUGCUGAAGGAGCCUUGGCAGUCGCAGAAAGAAAGCGCAGUGAAUUACAAAACCAGUUAGAAUCCUUUGAGAAAGAACAUUUUACGAAGGAAAACUAUCUAGAUGAUCAAUUCUCCAAAUAUGGUGUCAUCUUAGAAAGUCUGAAGGUUUAUGAAAACGGAGAUAAAAGUAAGGGCAUCUUAAUUGAUGAGAUUCUAGAAGAAAAAGCCACACUCACUGCAGCUCUCUCAGCAUCACAAUAUGAAAAAGAGACACUGAAUAAAUACUUGAUAAAUUUGAAGGAUAACUUGUUCAGAGUAGAAAAAAGUUUUGUCAUCCUUAGACGUGAAAUUGAAUCCAAGUCUGCACAAAUUAUGGAGCUCACCACUCAACGAGACAGUAUGGCUGACAAAAUUAAAUUUCUUUCCGACCAGUUAAAUGAUUACUGGAAUGUGAUUGAAAAGUUAAGACAAGAAAAAGAGAAAUUAAGCUCUUCCUUAAAUGUUUCGCUGACGGAAACCGAAAAUUCCCACAACAAUCUAAACAAAUUGGAUUUUUCACUCCAAAAGGCUGAUGGUGACUUUAAAACUGUUGCUAAAGUAAAACAUGUAGGAACGAGUUCUCUUUUGCCGAGUCAGAUAAUUGACAAACAACUUACACUAGAGUCGCAGACCAUUCAUUACUUCCCAGUUGCAAUGGCGACCUUUCAAAGUCAACCAAAUACUGCUUCUCUACCGUCUUCAGUAAAUAAUUUUAGUACCUCGGAUGCUACACAUUCUUUAAACAUUCAAGUGAAUGAGGAUAGUUGUUGGCAAAUUAUGGAUUUAAACAAAAGAUUAUCUAGUGACGCUGUUUGUGAUGUAGCUCCAAUUUCGCAAAAUACAAUCGGUGUACCUGAUUCUAAUUACGAUACUCAAAAUAACGGCUCGAACUCACAGGAGAACUAUCCCACAACACCUUUAAGUUCUGAUAAAAAUAUAUUUUGGUCAACGGAUCCUUCGUCUUUAGUUUCUGCCCGUGUUUUGUCUUCAUACGAGCAAAACCAAAUGGGAUUAAAUCAAACAGUUCCUGAUCCAAAUAGUCAGUGUUAUUUUGAUAACUGGCCAUAUAUACAGCAGUUACCAGAUUACCAGAAUAUUGCUAAUGUGGAUUCUGGCCUUCACCUUUCAGACACCCAUAUAACAACCAAUCAAAUAUAUUCUUCAGAUUACCAACAACGUAAUAUGCCUUAUUUAAAUCUAUAUUUACACGAUAGUCUGAACCAUACUGAUGAGUAUAAAUUCAAUGUACAACAAGAUAAUUCGUACACGUGUCUAUCUAAAGACGAAUGUUCCUCGGAUUUUAAUUGUGAUAUUACAAUUAGUAGAAAUAACAUUUUAAUUCCUAGAGCCAGUUUACCUUUGGACCACAAAACCAAUAAUCUGAACUGUGAUAAAAUUUAUACAGAUCCAUUAGUUAUACCAGAACAACAACAAAAUGUCUGCUUUUCUAACAAAAAUGAUACUUGUACGAUCUUAUCUACUGAACAGGAUACCAACUAUAAAUGUACUGUUACUGAGGUUCAAAAUAUUCAUACAAAUGAUUGGACAGGUAAGGAGUCAUCUAGUUGCUCUAGUAAUUUCCGUGUUAAAAUAAAUGAAAGUGAAACACCAGUUAAGUUGACGGAAUAUUUCUCAAAUGAUCAUCAAGGGAACCGGACAAAUGAAGUUUUUUACACACAGAAUGUAGCCACUACCUUACUAUCUGUCACUGAAACACCAGAGUCAAUACUAUAUUGCUGUUCAUCAUAUGAAAAUUCGAAUCUAACUGAAAUUACUGAAAGUAAAGCAGAAAAACUGAAAUUAUAUCAAGUUGGUGGAUCAAAUCAGUCAACAGUCAUUUCUAAAAAAAGUGAUCAUGAAUACUACUCAUGUUCUGUCACUACUGAAACACCAAAUGAUUCAUUUGACUUAAGAAUAUGCAAUACCCGUCAGUCUAAUAUCAAUACUUGUUCUUCAGAACACAUAUAUAAUACAUCUGAAGCUCUUCUUAUGUCUACUUUUGAUGAACUGAACUGUGUGAAAAGUGAGCGGGACAAUCUUUCCGAGCAUGUUUCGGUCUUGCAAAAGGAUUUAGCCAAUGCUGUUGCUAACUUAACAACUUAUCAGAAAGAGGCAGAAAUGCAGACGCUUAACGCUGAACGUGAAAAAGUUGCCCAUCAACAAGCACUCGAGGCUCAUCAACUUUCUAUUGUGGAACUUAAUAAUACCAAAGCCGAACUUGUUAACGUGCAAAAGUUAGUUAGUGAACUUCGUCAGGAAGUUGUCUCUUCAAAAGAAGAAGUCGCAUUAUUGCGGGCGCACGAAGAUGAAAAUCGUUCUCUCUAUGAAACGGAAAUCAAUUCAAUGAAAUCAAUUGUUAAGAUAACAAGCGAUCACCUAUCAACACUGGCAGAAUCACUCCACAAUGCGCUGAGUGAAAAAGCUAUACUGCAGAGGGAAUUCAAUCAUUUGAAAAAUAUGAUUCAUGGUCAAUUACAGAAGUUUCGUUUAUUCACUCGUUUGGAGUUAUAUGACGAAUCUAAAAUAGUCAACCAAUUUUCCGUUGGUUCAUUAGCUGCUCUUGGAAUUUAUUUAGAAAAUCUGGUUGAUGGUAAUUCUCAGAUAAAUUUUCAUACAAAGUCACCUCGUAAAUUUAAUCCAUCCUUCGAAUCUCUUCGAACAGAAAUAACAAAACUUGAAAAUGAUCUACUUAGUCGUAAUAUGCUUGUCAGUGACUCAGCUCAAAAUAUAUAG